AUUAUAACAUUUGAGACAAAAGAUAGAGAGCUGUUAUCAGUUAGUACUUAGUUUUCAUACAAACAUGGCGACAAUAAAAGUUCUACUACAUGUAUAUUUAGUACUGGUCUUGCCUACAUUAUGUAUUGACGCAGACAAAAGGCUAGUUGCAGACACCAAUCUUUGUCAACCAUUACAAGCACCCGGUCACAGUACUAUAGUUUGUGGAGCCGGAUUUCCAUUCUAUUCUUGCACGGCGUCGUGCGACGCUGGGUACCAGUUCCCAUCUGGAAUGACGUCAGACAAACGAGAAUGCGACCAGAUAUUCGGGGAAUGGUUCGACCCUCCUGGCAAGAACAUAUCCGACUGUAACCCUGUCUGCAAGCCCGAUUGUCAAAAUGGCGGGAAAUGUAUCUUACCAAAUACUUGCAACUGUCCGGGUGGUUUCAUGGGUAAACAGUGCCAACACCCUGUCAGUAACUGUGCUCCACCACAUGAGCCAUCUAACGGCACGCUCACUUGUCAUCAUGAUACUUCCGGUACCAGAUGUACUGUCGCAUGUAAUAAAGGUUUCAAACCUGCACGGACUACUUCAUCAUCGUACAAUUGCUCACCGGAUGGUACGUGGUCCCCGCCGAAGUCUGAGAUACCCAGAUGUGUUUCAGAUACCAAUCUUUGUAAACCAUUACCAGCACCCGGUCACGGUACUAUAGCUUGUGGGCCCGGAUUUCCAUUCUAUUCUUGCACGGCGUCAUGCGAUGCCGGGUACCAGUUCCCAUCUGGAAUGACGUCAGACAAACGAGAAUGCGACCAGAUGUUCGGGGAAUGGUUCGAUCCUCCUGGCAAGAACAUAUCAGACUGUAUCCCGAGACAUUGUCAACCUUUACCAGCACCUGGUCACGGCACCAUUGUUUGUGGGGCCGGAUUUCCAUUCUAUUCUUGUACGGCGUCAUGCGACGCUGGGUACCAGUUCCCAUCAGGAAUGACGUCAGAAAAACGAGAAUGCGAUCAGAUGUUUGGGGAAUGGUUCGACCCUCCUGGCAAGAACAUAUCCGACUGUAUCCCUGUAUGCAAGCCCAAUUGUCAAAAUGGCGGGAAUUGUAUCUUACCAAAUACUUGUACCUGUCCGGGUGGUUUCAUGGGCAAACAGUGCCAGGACCGUUAG